UUGGUUUUAAAUUCAGUUCUUGCUAAGCCAUCUGUUCGAAUCGUUGGUUCACAAUGGGUCAUUGUAGCAAUUGGAUUUUUGUUGUAGCUCUGCUAUAUAUUUGUAUAUUUACGUAUUUCGGUAUAGACAAUACUGUAGAUUUGUAUAAAAUCCACAUUUCUGUGGGAAAGGGAAAUGGAACAAAUGUUGUGGAUCCCGAUACCAACACUAAUGAGUAUACACCGGAGGUGAAGUCGGCCCUAAUCUCCUACCACACGGUCCUACUGAUUUUCGCCCUGGCCAUGAUUAUUUCUUCCAAUAUGCUGAUGAUGGGUGUCAUUAAGAAAAAACAUACUUACUUCUUACCAUGGCUUGUCUGUUCGAUACUCGAUGCGGUCUACGACAUUUUAAUAAACUUCUUCGUCGAAACCCCCAAGGAGAAAUCGAGUGUGUAUAUUGCAUCCACAAUCUUUGUUGUUGCAAUGUGGUAUCCCGUCUAUUAUCAAUACAAACGUUUUCUCUAUGCCAAACAAAGCCCCCACGUCACCGAAGUCAAUGCUGUGGUCCCAGACCAUACUUACGAGGGAUAUGUAAUGAAGCCAGGAAAUAAAUCGAUUAUAGUUCCUGUUUGAAACAAAAAAUGUUGAUUUGAAUUGAUUCGAUGACAAUAAAAGAGCAAAAUUAAAAAAUGAUA